AUGCCCCGCUCUAACGAUAUCGACGAAUCCUUUCGAAAUAUUGAGAUCGAUUUCGAGGCCUUCGUCACAAAUAUUCGUAUCUCCACAAUGGCUUUGAAGCUCUUCCCAAAUGUUCAAGAGCUCUAUAUCUCCUACAUGGCACCCCAUAACUGCGAAUUUAAUAUUUAUACUGCCAUACUUCGCGACAUGCUUGGAUUGCCCAUCUGUGAUAGUCUUCAACGGCUGGAGUUUCAGAUAACUAGAGAACGGAAUGUCAGGAAGUUGACCCAUUAUUGGUGCGCCACGGAUUGGGUUCCACCAGCGGACCCAUCAUACUCGGAAUUUUACGCAAAGUUAUCACCAGAAAACCAAGAAUUCCUGGGGAAAGAACAAAAUAACUUUACGAUAAACAAAGUUAUGAGCGAAAUCGUGCCAAAGUUCCCAGCUUUGACAGAAGCAAGGAUAGUUGCACACAACUUACCCACGCCGAUGGAAUCCUUUAGUGAUCCACUGUUCGAAAAAACCGCAUUUUAUUACCUCCCAUUGUCAUUCGCACCUAAGCUCGAAAAGUUGCGGAUAGAAACCGAAAAAUGUCAGGUUCAAGGCUACGAAGGGAAAGGUUGGUUUGACAACCGAUUGCUCGGUGAUGUUUUAUCACGGAUCAAAGACCUUAGGGUCAUAAGUUCCCAUCUAGAGGGGAAGGAUAUUAUGAUGCUCGUCGGGAAGCUCCCACACUUACAGCACCUGGAUCUCCAAACUAUCAAGCGUAUUCCUCUUUUUCUAACAACCGAAGACUAUGCUCCAUUUGGAAAAUUGAGAAACUUGGAGUAUAUGAGGCUGCCUUGGCCGUCACCUCGCAGAUCUGGUUCGAUUCCUGCUGAGGUAAUGAGGAAGUGGGUUAUCGGCAUUGUUGAUAGCGGAUUAGACCGUCUCCAAACUGUAGAGCUGCUAGGAAGUAGAUAUAGCGCUAGUAAAUACGAGAGGACUGAUAUUGAUCUCCAGUUUUCGGUACAGAGGACAGAAAAGGGUUCCUUGUUGGAUAUGUGGGGGGCGACAAGCAAAGCAGAUUAUGCCGACGACAAAGGUCGCUAUUAA